AUCGCACGCUAGCCAACAUCGGCAGCAUCAUGACCCGUAGCCGCUCGACACAAGCCUCGGCCCCGUGCCUCUCGGCCCCAGACCUCUCGGCCCAGGCCCUUCGGCGUGGUGGCCAGCCCGAGCCCCGGCCAUGUGGCACCCGCUGCCGCUCGCCGCGCUUCCGCUGGCGCUGUGCCUGGCGCCCCGGCGGGCGCUGGCGCGGGCGCCGGAGCGGGAGCCGGCGCCCUCGGGGGCGUGCGCCGCGGAGGAUCGCCGUGGAGCGAGCUCCGUGGAGGGGGUGCGCGUCGCGACGGCCAGCGGGGACCUCGCCGCCAGCAUUCAGCGCCGAGCGCCGCUGGCGGCCCAGAAGCGGUCGAUGCUGAACGCAUGGGCGAUGCGGAAGCGGCCGAUCGUGCAAGCUUGAACGAUCCCCGCGGUCUCAGAAGCCAGCGCCGAAGUCGGCUCGACACGACAUUGCCGUAUGCCGAUGGCGCUGCUCGUCCUGGCGAGCUUUCGUCGCCACGGUGGGUUCCUUUCGGGAUUCUGGUCAGGCCGCGCCUUGGGAGAGGUCCGCGGAGCAGCGGUAUGGCUAUGUUCCUGUUCCCUUACGCGGCGAGCGGGUCCAGAGGGAAACAGGUCCUGAGGCUCUUCCCCGUUCCCGAGCCUUCGGGGCCCUCUACGGGCAUGAGGGCCCUCGGAGAGAGGCUCGAGAUGAGAUGCUGAUCCGGGAGGGAGGUUCUAGAACCCGUUUCUGUCAGGACCUGCUUAUUCCAUGCCCAAGAGGAACCCGCGGAGGCCGCCCUGCUUCAGCGGGCCCGUGCAGUGGCGCAUGUCCAGGGGAGCAUGCCAGGCGCUAUAGACGACGUCGUCGCGAAGCUGUACACCAAGAACUAUGGCGGCCCAGAGGGCAUGUGGUGCGUGGGGAUCAACGCCGUUGGGUUUGACCUCGACGCGCACGGUGGCAGGGACGGUCACUAUACGGCGCCGGACCUGGCCCACAUUCUGUAUUUCCGCCGCCAGGGGGCCAACUGCUUCCGACUGCCCAUCAUCUGGGAGAGGCUGCAGUCCAGCCUGGGGGCCAGCACCCUCGACCUCGUGCCCGGGGUCGCCGACACUGUCGAAUUCAUAACCGAGAAGCUUGGCGCCUACGUAAUCAUAGACCCCCACAACAACGACCAAGGCUUGCAAUACAAUGGGAAGGAUGCUCGGCUGGGCGAUUUCGUGAGCCUCUGGGGGGCCAUUGCGGAGAAGUGGGGCAGCAACCCCAUGGCCAUCUUCGGGCUGUACAACGAGCCCCGCUUCGGGUUCGCCAACGGCCAGGCCAACUACUUCGACCCAAACACGCCUGAUUUCGAUGGGGUUACAAUAGAAACGUGGCGAAUGUGGUGUCAGGCAGCCUUGCUGAAGAUUCGCGAGGUCGGUUCAACAAACCUCGUGCUGGUGCCUGGUCUUCACUGGACCGGAAAUAUUGAUUGGACGGGGGCUUCGUCUUGGGGGGAAGAGUUCCGUUGGGGCGAGGAUAUCGACGGUACGCACCGCGCCGGUAACACCCGCCUCGCUGCGAUCGAGGACCCAGCAGAAAAUUUGGCGUACGAUGUGCACCAAUAUAUGGACCUCACAUUCGGUGGAGUCGAGACUGGAUGCGAAGGACAUUGGUCCAACAAGUGGUGCGGCCAGACAAUCGACGGCAAAACCGUCGGCUGCAAUGGUGCUAACUGGGGCCUGCCGAAAACCGUUGAGUGGGCGAAAAAGUACGGCAAGAAAUUGAUGAUGACAGAGAUUGGCUCUUUCGAGGCCGACGAUGGUACUGCUGCGAAGUGCCAGACGGCAAUGUACGAGUACCUCGACUCCUUGAACAGCUCUGGGGUAUUCAUAGGCUACCAGGUCUGGCAGUUUGGCUGCGAGGGCUGCUUGGGUGACCAGUGGAGCCAACGGCCGAGCAACCUGGAUUGGUACCGCUGGGACGACUUCGGCUCGCCAGGCUGGGCCCCCCCUGUCAACUUGACAAUUCCACUGCCUGCACCGAAGCCCGAUUGCGCGAAGGCGGGCGAUGAUUGCACAGCGAAGACGUGUUGCGCCGACGCCGGCGCUUCCUGCUUCGAGAAGAACAGCUAUCGAAGUUGUUUGGCAGAUUGCGAGCAGGGGGUCCACGAGGAGGAUGCGAUAGAGUUCCAGACACCCUGGAGCUGCAGGAAGUUGUACUGAUGCGACCUCGCCAAGGCCAGCCGCGUCUGACCGCGCAGCAGCCCAAAGGCGCCCGACCCCCUGCAGAA